CUGGCCGCGCUGAGGCCGGGGAAGCCGCCAUUUUGGAUGCUUGGCGGCGUUGCGGAAGUCGGACUUGGAGGUUUUCGCUCUUGAAUUCGGUCAGGAGGAACAGCACAGUAUGCUGGGCUCUGGAUUUAAAGCUGAGCGUUUACGAGUCAACUUGAGAUUAGUCAUAAACCGCCUCAAAUUACUGGAGAAAAAAAAAACGGAACUGGCUCAGAAAGCAAGGAAGGAGAUUGCUGAUUAUCUGGCCGCUGGGAAGGAUGAGCGAGCACGGAUCCGAGUGGAGCACAUUAUCCGCGAAGACUACCUUGUGGAGGCCAUGGAGAUCCUGGAGCUGUACUGCGACCUCCUGCUGGCUCGGUUUGGCCUCAUUCAGUCUAUGAAAGAGCUAGAUUCUGGUCUGGCUGAAUCUGUGUCUACACUGAUCUGGGCUGCUCCUCGACUCCAGUCGGAAGUGGCUGAGUUAAAAAUAGUUGCUGAUCAGCUCUGUGCGAAGUAUAGCAAAGAAUAUGGCAAGUUGUGUAGGACCAACCAGAUUGGAACUGUCAAUGAUAGGCUAAUGCAUAAACUGAGUGUGGAAGCCCCACCCAAAAUCCUAGUGGAGAGAUACCUGAUUGAAAUUGCAAAGAAUUACAAUGUACCCUAUGAACCUGACUCUGUGGUUAUGGCAGAAGCUCCUCCUGGGGUAGAAGCAGAUCUUAUUGAUGUUGGAUUUACAGAUGAUGUGAAGAAAGGUGGCCCUGGAAGAGGAGGUGGUGGCGGCGGGUUCACAGCACCUGUUGGUGGACCUGAUGGAGCAGUGCCAAUGCCCAUGCCUAUGCCCAUGCCAUCUCCAAAUACUCCUUUCUCAUAUCCAUUGCCAAAGGGACCAUCAGAUUUCAAUGGAUUGCCAGUGGGGACUUACCAGGCCUUUCCAAAUAUUCAUCCACCUCAGAUACCAGCCACUCCCCCAUCGUAUGAGUCUGUUGAUGACAUUAAUGCUGAUAAGAAUGUCUCUUCUGCGCAGAUUGUUGGUCCUGGACCCAAGCCCGAUGCCUCUGCAAAAGCCCCUCCCAGACCUGCAGAUAACUACAACUUUGUACUGCCAGAGUUGCCAUCUGUGCCAGACACACUACCGACUGCAUCUGCUGGCGGCGGCACCUCAGCAUCUGAAGACAUUGACUUUGAUGAUCUUUCCCGGAGAUUUGAAGAGCUGAAAAAGAAAACAUAGGUCUCUCAAACUAGGUAACCUCCAACUUCUGGGAGAUGAAACUGAGCAGUUUCUCCUUGUACACAAAGAAUCUCCAUGGAAUUCCGUUUCAUCUGUUAACCAUCACCAAGCACACUUUUGGGGGGCUCUUUCCUACUCUCCCAAAUUCUGUUGCUUCCCAGUUCUCUACUGAUCCUAAGAGACUAACAUCUGGACACUCUGAGGCCAGAGCAGCUGGCUCCUGGCAGCUGUGCCUGUUUAUCUCCUGUUAGAGGGAUCCCAGGUUCUCUUGUGACCUAGCCCUCCCCAGGAGAACGAGAAUAUGAGGCAUUGUGGUGAGAGCUGCCAGAGAUGGCCGAAGAGAGAAGAGCACCUCAUGAAGUGUCUUAACUUGUGUUGAAGUUCCAGACUUAGAAACAAAUCCCUCUGUAUAGGAGGGUUGUGGUGAGACACAAGGCCAUGGUGUGUUUUCUCACUCUAAUACGAGUAAGAGAGAGAAAAUGGUUCAGGGAAUCCUAGUAACAGUUCCUAGAAGCUGGGCCCUCUUGCUGGCGUAUACACUACUUGCUGCAGGGCACUGUUCCACCUGGAUCCAGUUGCAAAGUUUAUUUGGGAAAAGUUGAAGCUCUCUCUUCGUUCUACUGGAUUCUCAGGGAGCCCUCUGUGGCCUUUUGCUUUAUUUUGAGUGCUGUGUUUCUCUUUUACCAGAAGACAGCACCACAGAAAUUUACUUUUCCCCAUAGCAUGUUACUAGCAAAAGAAGGGGACAGGUAGCAUACUGGAUAGAAGUUGCCAUUCAAGCCUAUCAUGGGCUUCCAGCUGCCUUAAUAGAAGUACUCAAGUCUCUUGGGUAGUGAGCUGGAAAAGCUACAGAAGAGGGAUACCUGUUUUCACUUGAAAACUUUAUGAUUAAAGGAAUCUUUAAAAAUUGAUCUCACAUUUUUAGUGCCCAUGUAGCCGUAAUUCACUGCUUUUCUGGGUAGAUGACACUCUUCCUAUUGUAAUUCAUGUGCUCCUUUGUCCCCAAGGUAAGCCCAUCCUUCCCUACAAGAUUGGCUUCUGUGUAAUGUAUCUGUACAUACUAUUUCAAGCAACUUUCUUUAAUGUUUUUGAUUGGUUUGUAUCUCAUAGCUUAGUAGCUGCUAAUAAACUUAAAGAUCUGGUGUCUUGCUCUCUCCACUAUUGGUCAAAUGAUGAAGUAUAAAUUAGAUUUUAGUGGAGAAUAUUUUAAGCAAGCAACUCACAUUGGUGCCCAGGCGAGUCAGCCUUUACCUUUGGCUCCCCUGCUAACGCAGAUACAUAGAGCCCGCAGCUUUCUUGCUGAAUUUAAGCCCAGGUAGCGUCUGUGAAUUUGUUGGGUUACCUGUCUGUGAGAGGAUACCCCAUCCGCCAUGUCUCAUGAUUGUAUCUUUAUUUUUAGUAAAUUGUAAUAAGUUCACUCUGACUUACUCAUUUCCCUUGUCCUUCCUGGGGCAUGGAUGAUGAAUGUCCUGUUGCUUGCUGCUUGGUAGUGGAGCUGGUUCAUCACUGUUAAUAUUUUUACAGUGUUAUUCCCUUCCUGACAGUGCCAAGAGUCACAAAUAAGAACUUCGAGCCAAGGGAAUUUUGAUUCCUUGGUAACUUACAGAAUUAAGACAGUGUUUUAUAUGCAUCUGUAAAUAAUUUCCUAAAGUAUUCCAUGCAAAGAUAAGUGAUACUAUACUAGGAAGAAGUAAACCAAAGUAAAGGCUAACAAGAUUAAGAUGGUUCACCUUCUAAGACUUUAGUGUCAUUGAUUGGUUACUGUCGUGGCCGCUUCUCCGAUGAGGGGUUCUGGUGCUGCCAGAUUCCUAACAAAUUUUAGAGCUUCUGUAGUAACAUAGCUGUCAGUGCAGCUUCUGAGUAUUCAGAGCCAAAGGAGAAAAAAGAAAAUGGAGAUUGUUGCUAAUUUUUAGACUAAAAAUGUACUAAACAUAAAAAAUAGGACAUAGUAAACAUAGUGCAUAGUAAGGAUGUAAUUCUUUAAUGAUUUACUUUCAUGUAGAGUAUUUUUUACUACUUAAUGGUCAAGAGCCAGAGAUAGAUAGAUAGAUAGAUAGAUAGAUAGAUAGAUAGAUAGAUAGAUAGGUUUAUAUUGUGGUUGUUUUUGUUUUGUUUUUGGUCUUCUUGAGACUACAGUUCAGGCUGGUCUUGAACUCACUUUGUAGCCCAGGGCCAACUGUAUAUUUAUGGGCCAGUGGCUACUGAACAUAAUGUUCUGGCAACUUUGGUUUCCUGGGAAAAUACUUAAUGGGACUAAAAUUCUGAUUGUGUGCAUUAUGUUAAGUCUGUAAUCUUAAAAGCAGUUACAGUUAAGCUUUUCCUUUUCCAGUGGUACAAAAUAAUGAUACUUUGUUUUGUAGUUAAUGAGCAAGCGUUACCACCUUAAGGGACUUCCUUUUCCAAAGGCCAUGAGAAUGGCCAAAACAAAAAGAUCAGUGAUCACAAGAACCAUCAUGAGGAUCAAAAAGGAGCCCAGGACUGGGUAGAAAUGCAACGACCUUGGAAGACAAUAAGAAUAUUUUGUGAGAUUGACAUAUGAAUUUCUACCUCACAGACAAGCUAUAUGCUCCAUGUGGUAUAUGUUCUUAAUCCAACAUUUGCUAGGAACUAGGUUGAGGCGCCAAAAGAUACUAAAUAUUAAGUGGACAUAAGAGGAGGAACGACUGACUCUAAUGACGCUAAAGUAUUUUGACCUCACAGCUUUUAUAGGAAGAAAAUAGUUGAAUUGUAGUAGAAUUGUAAAUUACUCAAAUUCCAUCUGAGUUUUGGCAGUUCUGGGAAAUACAUCUAAACAUGAGGG